UCCUACAGAUGAAAAACUGGAAGAGGAGAUACUUUUUGCUGGAUGACAAUGCACUCAGCUACUUCAAAACAGACAUGGAUCGAGAGCCAUUAAAGGUUAUUCUUCUGAAAGAAGUGAACAAGGUGCAGGAGUGUAAACAAAGUGACUUGAUGAUGAGGGACAAUCUUUUUGAACUGGUUACUACCUCGAGAACGUUCUAUAUUCAGUCUGACAGCCCAGAGGAGAUGCAUGGCUGGAUAAAGGCUAUUUCUGGGGCCAUAGUGGCCCAGCGGGGUCCUGGACGCUCAGCAGCAUCAAUGCGUCAGGCCAGGCGGCUCUCAAACCCUUGUAUACAGAGGAGCCUGCUGAACCAACCUCGGCCUUCUACUACGAUGAACCAAGUCUCCCAACUUCUCGCUCACCCGUCCCCGCUGAACUCUGUUACCCAGAAUGCCAUUUCCCCUCCGACCAUCAGCAUGGCGUGGGAGGGAGCAGAGCGAAUCAGCAUGCGGGCCGGGGCACGAGCGCGCCUGUCACUCCAGGAGUCGCCCCAAAUCUACUUCAAGUAAACACAGAUGACUGCUCGCCUUGGCAAAGAAGAACCAACGUAACACCACCUUCAAAUUCCCCUAAAGAUAAAGACUUGCACACUACCGAGGUGUAACAGCAAUG